AUAUUGCUUUUAAUACUACUUCAUUUGUCAUCACGAUGGUACCAUAAGGGCUCUGCUGCUACUCCUUUCAUGGUGCAAUUACAGGGCCAUCUAGUGAUACCAGAACAAACAUCAUAACCUCAUCAUGUCAAAUACGAAGAUGAGCAAAGAUUGGAUAUUUAGGUGCAACAACCGGUAACUUUCUUUAAACUAGACGGUUUAGAAUUUCCCAAUCAUAUCAAUUAAUUAAUCCAAAAGUACGAAAGGUACCUACCCUCGUAAGGCAACUCGAUUAAUAAUUGAUUAUUACAAAAAGAAAGCGAACAUGUUACAUAACUUUGACCCCAUGUUCAACGGCGCAUGGGCAUCAGAGAAUGGGCGAGAACGGCACGAAAAGAAAGGCGUUGGGUGUGGUAACGGAGGGAGCGGAAUGGGUGAAAAUGCUAUCAAGGAGGCUAAGCCGAAGCUUCGUAAUGGGCGUGUUCAUAGUGUACGGAGUGGGGCAGGGGUUCUCGGGGUCGCUCUUGAAGGUGGCCGCGGACUACUACUGGAAAGACGUGCAGAAGCUGCAGCCCUCCACCGUGCAGCUCUACGUCGCGCUCUGCUUCAUCCCGUGGAUCCUCAAACCCCUCUGGGGGAUCCUCACCGACGCCUUCCCCCUCCGCGGCUACCACCGCCGCCCCUACUUCGUCCUCGCCGGCAUCCUCGGCGCGCUCUCCGCCGCCGCCCUCGCGCUCGCCGGGACCCUCACCGCCGCCGCCGCCCUCGCCUGCUUCAUCGGCGUGUCGGCGUCGCUCGCCAUCGCUGACGUCACCAUCGACGCCUGCAUCGCCAGGAACAGCAUCGAGGCCAGGGAGCUCGCGCCCGACUUGCAGACCCUCUGCGGGUUCUGCUCCGGCGUCGGCGCGCUCGUCGGAUUCCUCGCCAGCGGGUUCUUCGUGCACCGUCUUGGACCCCAGGGGUCCCUGGGUCUUAUGGCGCUUUCUCCAGCUUUGACAAUUGUACUGGGUUUUGUGAUUUAUGAGAACAGAACAAAUGACUUGCAUAUCGAAAAGAAGCAGGGGGUGUUAGAGAGUGUAGGAACGACGAUUAGAGGCAUGUACCGAACAAUGUCGUAUCCUCAAGGGUGGAAGCCUUCUCUCUACAUGUUCCUUGCCCUGACUCUGAAUGUAACAACUCACGAAGGCCAUUUUUACUGGUACACAGAUUCAAAAGCUGGCCCUGCAUUUUCUCAGGAGUUUGUAGGGGUGAUCUAUGCAAUUGGUGCAGUGGCUUCAUUAAUAGGGGUUCUAAUCUACCACAAGGCUCUGAAAGACUACGGAUUCAGAGACCUAAUGUUCUAUGCACAACUCCUAUACGGCAUAUCUGGUUUGCUGGACCUGAUCUUCAUCCUUCGUUGGAAUUUGGUUAUUGGAAUCCCUGAUUACUUCUUUGUUGUGAUCGAAGAAAGUUCUACAAGAAUCACAGGCAAAAUCAGAUGGAUGCCCAUGAUGGUACUGAGCACACAAUUGUGCCCUUUAGGCAUUGAGGGCACAUUUUUCGCUCUGUUAAUGUGCAUUGAUAGCAUUGGUGCCCUAUUAUCCAGAUGGGGUGGAGGGAUGCUUCUUCGCCUCCUCCACAUCACUAGGACUGACUUUACAAACCUUUGGUUGGCUGUUCUUAUAAGGGAUAUACUUAGGUUUGCUAUUCUUGCUUUGGUUUUUCUUGUCCCUAAGACAGGUCAAUACGAGGAACUGCUUCCUUCUGAGGUUUCAGAAAAGAACCCGAGUGAUAAGGUAGAUGAAGAGACUUUGGAGCUUGUCCCCAUCAAUGGUAAGAGUGAAGUUUAGAUAAAUUUGUAGCAAUUAUACACGCAUGUCAACCACUAUGCACUUACCUCACCUAUAUGCGAGAUUUUUCGAUGCACGGGUAACAUUGAGAUUAGCACCAACGAUAUACACGAUUUUUUUUAAUUUUUUAUUUUAAAUCUAAUGAUAUGCCACAGAGUAUUUCUUUGUGUUUAUUCUUUCAAAUAACCUAUUGAAAUUGGUAUACUUCCUAUUGAAAACAAAACAUGA